AUGGACAGCAAGGGUCUCACUGGAUGCUCUGACAGCAGCAUUGUGGACAGCAAGGAUGCCAUUUCCAAUAUUUUUGUUUAUUGCAUGCGAAACCUCACCUGGCCUCAAGAAUCCUCCAAACCCCUUCUCAGUUGUGUCACAGGCGAUGCAGUUUCGCUCACAAUCGCUGAAUCUGAUACUGAUUUCCACCGUCUAACUUCAAGCAACAACUUUGACAUUAAAGCCAAAGACCCGCACCAUGUUGUCCUAGAUGGCUUAUCUGCAUUUUCAUUUUUUAACUUAUGGGGUUACCCAUGCAAACAUGGAGGAGGGGAAGGAGAAGGAUCGCCACCCUCACCAAGUUAUGACAGAAAGGUCAUCACGGACCCUGCAGGGCUCCAAGCAAUCUACUUAAACGAGUGGUUAAGAUUGGGCGGUCCAAACAAUAGAAGCUUAAUGCCUUUGGAGAUUUCAGGAGACUCAAUUCGAGGCACAUUCGAAUUCACAGGCGCGAAAAUCCAAAUGCUGAGACGUUCAGUGAUGGCAGCUAUGAUGGCGGAGGAGAAGAAGAAACAAGCUGAUCAUGAUUCGAAACUAUUGCAUUUGUCAACAUUUUCGCUAACAUGCGCCUACACAUGGGGUUGCUUCGUGAGGGCAGGAUACCAAAACAGAUAA